CUCCCUGUGGUAUAAGCAGUGCCUGUCCAAGAGUAGAUCAUGCUGGAAUUGCAGAAGCUUUCACUGAAUUACAAAGAUUAUACCAAUUAGGAGAGGCAUAUUUGAGAUAUUUCCAACACUCUGUGUAGCAAAUCCAUGUAUUUGCAUUGUUGUAAAUUAAUUUUCUGUUAUUUUAUGUCUCGUUGGCUUUGUUUAUUGUACCAUAUUUAUACUGCAAAUCUUCCAUGCCAUUGCAAAGGAGUUGGUGUUGUUGCCUGUGGGAGUGUCUAAAGUAGAUGCUGUAGGAAUCCCUCCUCAAUUAAAUGGCCAAAAAAAAUUAGUUCAUUUAAAUAUUCUAUAUCCUAUAAAUCUUUUUUUUGUAGACUUUUAUGGUGCUAAAUAAAAAGAGGACUAUUUUCCGGUUUACUGCCACACCUGCCUUGUGUAUAUUUGGUCCUUUUAAUCCAGUCAGAAAAGCAGCAAUUAAAAUUCUGACCAAUUCAUGUUUUGUUGGCAUUAUUAUAUGUACCGUGUUACUCAAUUGUGUGGUUAUGACUGUACGUCAGCUUCCACCAGCACUCAACUGGACUGAAAUUGCUUUUACUGGCAUAUAUACUACUGAAAUAUUGAUAAAAAUAGUAGCAACAGGAUUUGUUUGGAAUGAAUUUACCUUCCUUCGAGAUCCAUGGAACUGCUUGGAUCUGUCUGUUAUUAUUGUAAUGUACGUUACUAUGUUUCAAAAAAUAGGCAAUGUUUCAGCUCUUCGAACCUUCAGAGUGCUGAGGACUUUGAAAGCCAUUUCAGUAAUACCAGGUCUGAAAAUCAUUGUAAAUUCACUUGUUGAAUCCAUUAAGAAACUUGCUGACGUGUUGAUCUUGACUGUAUUUUGCUUGAGUAUAUUUGCCCUAAUAGGCCUCCAGCUUUUUAUGGGCAAUUUAAGAUUCAAAUGUGUCCUCAAUAAUACUGUGUACAAUGACUCAUUAUGUAAGGAUCCCAAGAUCUAUGUACCAAGUGAUGAAGAUAUCUGCCACAGAAUGAAUGGCUCUUCUGACAUAUUGCUCUGUGAGAUCAGUUCAGAUCCCGAGAAAGAGUGCCCAGAAAACUAUACCUGCCAGAAGACUGGGCAGAAUCCUGACUUUGGUUACACAAGUUUUGAUCAUUUUGGCUGGGCCUUCCUCUCUGUAUUCCGCCUGAUGACACAGGAUUCCUGGGAGCGCCUCUACAGACAG